AUGGGUUCAAGGAAGACUAGAAGUUCUGCCAUUAAGGAAGUAUCUGAGUUCUUGAACCAGUUACUGGUGGAUAAACCGCUGCUGCCUUUUGUUCUUCCAGUUUUGUUGGUCUUUUGGACAAUUGAGAAGUGGUUUUUCUCCUUGUCCAAUUGGGUCCCUCUUGGUGUUGCAGUAUGGGCAACUAUUCAGUAUGGAAGCUAUCAACGUCGUAUUCUGGCAGAAGACUUAAAUAAGAAAUGGAAACAAAUGAUACUCCAGACAUCGCCAAUGACGCCUUUGGAGCAUUGUGAGUGGCUCAACAAGCUAUUAACAGAAAUUUGGCCCAAAUACAUUGCCCCUAAGCUCUCUUUGCGGUUUUCUUCUAUUGUUGAGAGAAGACUCAAGCAUCGAAAACCAAGGCUGAUUGAAAAAAUAGAGUUACAAGAGUUUUCAUUAGGCGAAGUUUCACCAAUCUUAGGCCUUCAUGGAACUAGUUGGUGCACUUUAGGCAGUCAGAAAGUUAUGCGGUUGGGGUUCGAUUGGGAUACAAAUGACAUAAGCAUUAUGCUGUUUGCAAAGUUGGCAAAACCACUAAUGGGAACUGCUCGGAUUGUAAUUAACAGCAUCCACAUAAAGGGUGAUCUCCUUUUAAUGCCAGUUCUUGAUGGUAGAGCAUUUUUAUACUCAUUUGUUUCAACUCCAGAGGUGAGAAUUGGUGUGGCUUUUGGAAGUGGUGGAAGCCAAUCUCUACCCGCAACAGAACUUCCUGGUGUAUCUUCUUGGCUGGUUAAACUGGUCACUGAUACACUUAAUAAAAGAAUGGUUGAACCUCGUCGCAACUGUUUUGCUUUGCCAGCUGUAGAUUUGUAUAAGAAAGCUGUUGGUGGUGUCCUGCAUGUCUCUGUGAUUUCUGCUAGUAAACUUUCUAGAAAUAAUUUAAGGGCAAGCCCUUCGAAAAGACCUCCAAGCUCUGUCCAAGAUAACGAGGAUAGUGAAAACAAAAUUCUACGGACAUUUGUGGAGGUUGAGCUUGAGGAGUUGACUAGAAGAACAGGUGCAAAACAUGGAUCAAGCCCAAGAUGGGAUUCUACAUUUAAUAUGGUUUUACAUGACAAUGCUGGAAUCGUUAGAUUCAAUCUUUAUGAAUACACUCCAGGAAGUGUAAAGUACGACUUCUUAACAAGUUGUGAAGUCAAGGUGAGAUAUGUAGCUGAUGAUUCAACAAUAUUUUGGGCAACAGGUGCUGAUAAUGCUGUCAUAGUGAACCGCGCAGAGAUGUGUGGGAAGGAAAUCGAGAUGACAGUUCCAUUUGAGGGAGAGAAUGCUGGAGAGUUGCUGGUAAAGCUUGUCUUGAAAGAAUGGCAAUUCUCUGAUGGUUCACGUAGCCUAAACUCUAUGCGGAGUGGUUCUCGCCAAUCCCUAAAUGGUUCAUCCACUCUUCUUUCAACAACUGGGAGAAAAAUAUAUGUUACUGUUGUAGAGGGGAAAAACCUUCUUGUGAAAGACAGAAUUGGAAAAUCAGACCCUUACGUAAAAUUGCACUAUGGGAAGGCCAUUCAAAGAACUAAAAGCGUUCCUCAUACUUCGGAUCCUAUGUGGAAUCAAAAGUUUGAACUCGAUGAAAUAGGAGAUGGUGAGUAUCUCAAAUUAAAAUGCUUUACUGAAGAAACAUUCGGAGAAGAGAGCAUUGGUAGUGCACGAGUGAACAUGGAAGGCCUUGUCGAGGGAUCAGUUAGAGAUGUAUGGGUUCCACUUGAAAAAGUGAACUCUGGAGAAAUACAUCUUCAAAUAGAAACAGUGAUGGUUGAAGAUAGUGAAGGAUCAAAGGGAUAUGGAAGUUCUGCUAAUGGGUGGAUUGAGCUUGUUGUCAUUGAAGGAAGAGAUCUUGUUGCUGCGGACCUCAGAGGGACUAGUGAUCCAUAUGUGAGAAUACAUUAUGGCAGCUUGAAGAGGAAGACUAAGAUUAUGUACAAAACACUUAAUCCAAAAUGGCAUCAGACCUUUGAAUUUCCCGAUGAUGGCAGUCCGCUGGAGUUGCAUGUUAAAGAUCAUAAUGCUCUACUUCCAGUGUCAAGCAUAGGUCAUUGCGUUGUAGAGUACAAAAGAUUGCCUCCUAAUCAUAUGUCUGAUAAAUGGAUACCGCUUCAGAAUGUGAAAAAGGGGGAGAUCCAUGUUCAAGUAACUAGGAAAGUUCCAGAACUAGAGAAGAAGCCUCCAGACUCGGAGUCUUCCUCAGUCAAAGCACGCCAGCAGAUUACUAAGAAGACGAAGCAAAUGAUGAUCAAGCUUCAGUCUUUGAUCGAGGACGGGAAUCUGGAAGGGCUUUCCGCAUCUUUGACUGAGCUCGAUAACCUGCAUGAUCUUGAAGAAGAGUAUGUAACCCAGCUUGAGAUGGAACAGAUGUUACUAUUGAACAAGAUAAACGAACUAGGGCAGGAAAUCUUGAACUCAUCACCUACAUUACACAGAAGGUCAACAAUUCCGUAA